AAUGCAGGACUUGGAAUAAUGGAUUUAAGCUACAGGAAGGCGGAUUCGGGUUGACUUUUAGAAAAAAAAAAUCACAUGGUUGAUGUCUUUUAGCUUAAGUUCUUCAGCUGGAGGCAUCAUGAGCAGAAGCAAGCGUGAAAAUAACUUCUACAGUGUUGAAAUUGGAGAUUCUACCUUCACUGUACUAAAGCGAUACCAGAAUUUGAAGCCAAUUGGUUCAGGUGCACAGGGGAUAGUAUGUGCAGCGUAUGAUGCUCUCCUUGAAAGAAAUGUUGCAAUCAAGAAACUCAGUCGACCAUUUCAGAAUCAAACACAUGCUAAAAGAGCAUACCGAGAACUGGUCCUCAUGAAGUGUGUAAACCACAAAAAUAUCAUUGGUCUGUUAAAUGUAUUCACUCCACAGAAAUCACUGGAGGAAUUCCAAGAUGUUUACAUAGUGAUGGAGCUCAUGGAUGCAAAUCUCUGCCAAGUAAUUCAAAUGGAGCUUGACCACGAACGAAUGUCCUACCUGCUGUAUCAGAUGUUGUGUGGUAUUAAGCAUCUUCACUCAGCUGGAAUUAUACAUAGGGAUUUAAAACCUAGCAAUAUAGUAGUGAAAUCUGACUGCACUUUGAAGAUUCUUGAUUUUGGACUGGCUAGAACAGCUGGAACCAGUUUUAUGAUGACACCUUAUGUAGUGACUCGUUACUACAGAGCACCAGAAGUCAUUCUUGGAAUGGGAUACAAAGAAAAUGUUGACAUUUGGUCAGUGGGGUGCAUCAUGGGAGAAAUGAUCAAAGGUGGUGUAUUAUUUCCUGGCACAGACCAUAUUGAUCAGUGGAAUAAAGUUAUUGAACAACUAGGAACGCCGUGCCCUGAAUUUAUGAAGAAGCUGCAACCAACAGUGAGGACAUAUGUGGAGAAUAGGCCUAAAUAUGCUGGCUAUAGUUUUGAAAAACUCUUUCCAGAUGUUCUCUUUCCAGUUGAUUCUGACCACAACAAACUGAAAGUUCUUGGCUUCAACCUCCUGGAAGUCAGGACAGGUCCAUGGAACAUCGUGGCUGCUUCCACAGGCUUUGGAUCAUAUUGGUACUGUUUUACUUAUUCUGUAUGGCUUCUUCCUUUGCAAUUGUACUCUGCUCAAGGCCUUCAGCCUCCUGAUCACAUUUUUUCAGCGCAUAGUCUUCCUAACUUCCUCUAGUGAGAAACCAAAUGCACACUCUGGGGCCUCUUUCCCACUGCAAUCCUAGCAAAUAAAUGAAAGAUCCCAACAUAAAAUGUUGGAGUCAUAGCAAGACAGAACAUACACAGUCUUGUGUGAGCUUGAGGUACUAGGUAUAUUUGGAGACAUGCUUUUAUUAAACCUUGAUUGAAAACUUGCUUUGGCUGGUGCUCCUUUGAGGACCAUAGGGACUUUGCCAAGUGGAAAACUGUUCUGGAACAUCUUUCCUAUCAGCUCCACUUCUCCACUGAUCAAGAACAAAACAUUGGCUUAAUGCUAAGUGGACCCAUGAAUCUCUCACUAUUUUGGAGUGAAGGGCAUUUGAGUGCUCGAAGUGGGAGGGAAUUAGAGAGGUUACCUUGAAGCUAGCCAGUCAUAAAUCCUAUUGGUCCUAGCUUUGGUUGUGAGUUUUUUUUGUGUGGUAGUUUAUUACAGUUGAAAUCAAGUUCUUUGACUGAGCAGUUUCUUCCUCUUGGGGUGGAGCUAAGUUCUGUUGUUGGCCCUGCUUUCUUGAGGAGG